AUGUUCUCCCAGCGCUACGAAACCUCCAGCCGGAGCUUCUCCAAGGGCCACAAGGUGUCCAGAUCCAGCUCUUCUUUUAGCAAGGACAGUGGCAUUACCAAGAAGCGCCAUGAAUCUCGCCAUCGAAGACCGGCUACUGCUUCCAACCUGAGCUCUUCUGUUGUGACCCUCAUUGUCGGUGCCGAACAGCGGCUUUUUGCCGCUCACGAAAAUAUCCUCUCCUCGAGCCCUUUCUUUGACAACGCCCUGCGAAACUUGUACACCGACCCCUCUGCAAAGAGAAUCUCUCUUCCGGACGAAGAGCCCGAGAUUUUCAGCUCAGUGCUGGAGUACAUGUAUAAAGGAGACUACUACCCCCGCUUGGUACACAACAAGCGGCGUGAUUCUUGGGAACUCGAGUCCAUCUCCGAUGAUGAUGAUAAAAGGGCCGCGGAAAGUACAGUAUACCAUCGCGGCGUUGACGGUGACCUUCUCAAGGAUACUGUCAUCUACUGCGCUGCCGAACGAUAUGGCCUGGAUGAGUUGAAGAAAUUGGCUCUACGCAAGCAAGGCCUCCAAUCGGGCAUUCAGUGCAGCACCAUCUUGGCCUCGGCAAGAUAUGCAUAUGCCAACACCCCGGACAGCGACUCAAAGCUCCGAGCCCAUUACUUGGCUCUCAUCAUUCGAUCUCGUAGCACCUUCAAGCGAAGUGGCACGAUGCAACUCGAAAUGUUCAAUGGAGGCACCCCGCUCUUCUUUGACCUCUUUGUUGCCCUCUGCAACCACGUUGAUGAUAUUUCAUCCACACAGUAG